AUGCCUCGAAUUGAUUUGAGUAAGGUCGAAACCAAGAGGGUGAUGGCCGACUUUAAGGGACACUUCCAUCAAAGUCUAUACGGCCUUGAAAGAUUCAUCAGGGACGACAAACAUCCCGGGGAUAGUCCCAUACCACGACUUCUCGGCGACAUGAACCAAUUGCUCCUCAAACUCGAUCGUACAAAGCAUGAAAUGAGAUCACGGCCCAUGGCAACCCUCAAUGAUGCCGAAUCCUUCUGUGCCAUCCAUGGCCGGCGAGAGCCACAGUUCAAAGAGAUCAGCGCUUGGUUCCUCAGAAACCCCCUCUGGUCCUGGGCCCCCAUUUUCUCGGAUGAUCUUACCGCGAAUCGCGUCGUAGCCUACUUAUGUGCCGUCGAGCUUAGCGAGGCCGUACUUGGACAUCUACCACGGCAAGAGGAGAACUUGACGGACCCAUGGAGGGCAUACCUCUCCCUGAAACUGUACACGUGGAUCUUGCCGAAGAGACUCGGGCUAGAGCUUUGUAGAGUGCUAAUCGAAGAACGAGUUGCUCUGCAGAUGAAACAGCGCGCAUCUGGGCAGGUCGAUGGCAAAGGGCUUGAAGAUGUCAGGCAAUUGGAACGUCUUCACCAGGACCACGUGGAAAUACUGAAGGGGAUCUUUUCAUCUUUUCACAGUUGGGCCAUUACACUGGGUCGCAAGCAAAGGAGGGAAUAA